GCCCGCGUCACCUCGUCACGCUACUCUCAGUCAGUCUCGCAAUGGCGUUAGUCAGAGUCGGUCGUGUGUUCGUUUAGUUUUAACAAUAACCCGAGCGGACACCGGCCCAAAAUAUUGGCCUGUCUAAACUUGCUCGAAUUACUACGGAAACAAAUCCUGUAAUUCAACAAGAAUUAAAGCGAUAUUCGCCGCCACGGACAGUCAAAUUUUGGUACGAUAUCCACUCAGGACGUUUCAUUUCAAGAUCAUGUUCAUCACAUCAUAGUUCCUCUUCGUUUUAAGUGUUUGUUUGUGCGUGUUUUGUGAACGUUUAGUGUAUUGUGACAGUGAACAGUGUUGUGUGUUGUGAUGGAUCCCGGAUCACCUUCGUUGCUGUGGCCAUUGCGCUUGAGCAAGCCAGCGGUGACCGUGCCGGUUACUUCUGGGGAGCACAGCAAGGCUGAGGAGAGGGCCCAGUCCCCAAGCUUGGUGGAGCGGCUCUCGGCGGCACCUUCGCCCUCAAGUCCCGCGCCUACCAGCCCUGCCCCGCUCCAACAUCAGUUCCAAGCGGCCCUGGUGGCCGAGAAAUAUCUUUUGUUGGAACAAGUGGAGGGCUCCUCGCUUUGUAGAUGUGUGGACGUGCGCACGCAGGAGGAAUAUGUUUGUAAAGUGGUGUCCCGCGACUGUAGCAGUUUGCUGCAAGCGCAUUACCGACUGGACGGGCACCCGCACGUCAAUCCCAUACACGAGGUCCUAGUCGGCGACAAGAGGGUCUACCUCAUCUUCCCAAGGUCGCACUCAGAUCUCCACUCGUAUGUGCGCGCGCGCAAGAGGCUACGAGAACACGAAGCACGCAGGCUCUUCAGACAAAUGGCAGAAACAGUAGCCGCUUGCCAUGAACAAGGAAUCGUACUAAGAGACCUCAAGCUCAGAAAGUUCGUGUUUGCUGAUCCCCAAAGAACAACGUUAAAACUGGAAUCCUUAGAAGAUGCGGUGGUACUGGAUGAUCCCGAAGAAGACCUGCUGCAAGACAAGCGCGGCUGCCCGGCGUAUGUCUCCCCGGAGAUCCUGCGCGCGCACACAACGUACUCCGGCCGCGCCGCUGAUAUGUGGUCCCUCGGCGUCAUUCUCUACACCAUGCUCGUAGGAAGAUAUCCGUUCAACGAUUCGGAGCACGCGUCUCUAUUUGCGAAGAUCUCCCGCGGGUACUUCGUUGUGCCGGAGUGCUUGUCGUCACGCGGCAAGUGCCUCAUCAGGUCGUUACUGCGGCGAGAGGCGUGCGAGCGGCUGAGCGCACGCGACGUGCUGCGCCACCCCUGGCUGGCGCGGGACCCGCGCAACGAGCUGCCGCCGCGCGCCGCCGCCUGCCUCGACCGCCUCGUGCCCGACAUAGACCUCGCAGACUGCGUCUAACACACAUCAUCCCCCAUCGCGCAUAGCAACCGACGGAUGUCAACUAUUCAACCGCAGACGAUCAUCAAAUUAGUCAUUUUAUGACACUAAUGAACUUUAGAUGAGAAAAUCCUGUAAUCUGUUGAUAUUUAUAUGAUCCGGCCUAGUACGGAGUGUAGUGAGAGGCGGCAGCGGCUGGCCCGCGCCUGCACGUUAUUUAAGUAGGAGCUGGGAGGCCGAGGUCUGCGGCGACGCUCAGCUUGUACCAGCUAUGGUAAGGUAAUGACAGAAAAGUGAGACUGAUAUCGCGUACUUGUGAUCCUCGAGUGAGCGAGAUCCAUGUGAGCUCCCGCACUAUACAAAUGAUUCCUGUUAAGCCUAACUUAAUCAUAUCAAUUUCACACCAAUAUAGAUGGAUAUAUUGCAUUGAAGUUGUCUAAAACUUUAGGUAAUCGCCUAGGUAUGUAUAUUUUGUAUUUAUAUUUAAAAGAAGUUAUAUCGUGUAAUUGUGAUCUCCACCGAUGUUAUUUAGCGUUACGAUUGCCAUUGCGUUGCGCCGACGCUGCGACCGGCGAGCAAGUGUUGCUUCCAUUCUAUACAUAUUAUUUGAUUAUAUUUGUUUUAUUGAUUGUGAUUAUUCGGCAUAUACUAAAUUAAUUUUUGUUAUUGUAUUAGAAAGCACAAAUAAAAUUCGCAUCACCACGUACCGAAUGCGGUGUAGAAUUUGGUCAGUGCCAUGUAUUUAAUGUAAAACUAAUUUAUUAUUGUUGUCUCCGAGCGGGCAACGCGUCGCUGAUGUCUCAUUUGGUACUUGGUGUUGAGUUUUCAUUUUUUUUUAAAUCAAAUUUAAUAUUGUUAAAAUCAUAAAAUGUUAUAAAAUCAAGAAUUGUAAAAUCGAGAGACAUGUUAUCCCGCGCAUUGUUAAAUCGAGAAAUCGUUUUUUUUUGUCAUUUUUUGUUUAUUUAUAAUUCUGUGAAUUUGUACAAUGUUACUAUCGUGUAUCGAUAGUGUUGCAGUAGGUAGUCAAUCUUUCUGCUGAAAGUGAUUUGUACAAUACUAGCGUACUGUAAAUUAUAAAAGUACUUUAAUUUAUGCAAACUGUACAUAGAGCUAAGAUAUUUUAAGAUUAUCA